AUGCAUCUACUCAAGGUUGGCACUUGGAGAAACAACACUGCCUUUUCCUGGCUUAUCGUGUUCAGUGUUCUUUGGCUUAUUAGUCAGAACUGUUGCAGAGCAAGUGUUGUUUGGACAGCUUAUAUGAACAUAUCAUUUCAUGUUGGGAAUCAUGUGUUGUCAGAGUUGGGAGAGACUGGAGUCUUUGGAAGAAGCUCCACUUUGAAGAGGGUGGCAGGAGUUAUAGUGCCACCAGAGGGAAAAAUCCAAAAUGCAUGUAAUCCCAAUACCAUUUUCAGCCGAUCAAAGUACUCAGAGACCUGGCUUGCACUUAUUGAACGGGGAGGUUGUACUUUCACACAGAAAAUUAAAGUGGCAGCUGAGAAGGGAGCCAGUGGAGUGAUCAUCUAUAACUUUCCAGGAACUGGCAACCAGGUGUUCCCCAUGUUUCAUCAGGCAUUUGAAGAUGUCGUUGUGGUUAUGAUUGGUAACUUAAAAGGCACGGAAAUUUUCCAUUUAAUUAAGAAGGGAGUUCUCAUUACAGCCAUGGUUGAGGUGGGGAGAAAGCACAUCAUCUGGAUGAAUCACUAUUUGGUCUCUUUUGUGAUUGUCACAACUGCUACCUUAGCAUAUUUCAUCUUUUAUCACAUUCAUAGACUUUGUUUAGUGAGGAUUCAGAACCGGAGAUGGCAGCGAUUAACAACAGAUCUUCAGAAUGCAUUUGGACAACUCCAACUUCGAGUGGUAAAAGAGGGGGAUGAGGAAAUAAAUCCAAAUGGAGAUAGCUGCGUAAUUUGCUUUGAACACUAUAAGCCUAAUGACAUAGUUCGUAUUCUGACUUGUAAACAUUUUUUCCACAAGAAUUGCAUUGACCCCUGGAUUUUAUCCCAUGGGACAUGCCCCAUUUGCAAAUGUGAUAUUCUUAAAGUUUUGGGGAUUCAAGUGGAUGUUGAAAAUAGAACAGGACCUUUGCAAGUUCUGAUGUCAAGUGAACUGCCUGAAACCUUAUCACCUAGUGAAGAGGAGACAAAUAACGAAAUUUCUCCUGCAGGAACCUCAGUUAAAGUAAUCCAUGUGGAGGAGAACCCUACUUCUCAGAAUAAUGACAGCCAGCCUCAUUCAGUAGUGGAAGAUGUUUAUCCUUCACCCUGA